AUGGAAAUCUAUACCGACGGUGGCUGUAGAGGCAACGGACAACCGGGGGCAAUAGGAGCUGCUGCCGCCGCUUUGAAGAAAAGAAAUGGAACCUACGAGGCUUGGACAAAAUCCUUACCCCAAUAUCCCCCACCCACAAACCAGCGGGCCGAAGUCACAGCCAUCAUCGUGGCACUGGAGACAGCCCUGGAAAAGUUUGACGAGCUAGACACAAAUCCAUAUUUAAAUGUCAGGAUCUAUUCGGAUUCCAGAUAUGCGAUUGACUGUAUGCCAAACUGGAUUUACAAAUGGACCAAAAACGGAUGGAUCAAUGCUGCAGGAAACGAGAUUGCGAACCGAGACCUUCUUGAGGAGGCUUCUGAUCUCAGUGUGUCCAACAACCAAGUAACUUGA